AUGUUCUCACCUUCCCGUCACCCCGGCGUGCGCGGGUCGCCGCCGUCGGACCUGGGUUACGUGGGAGGGCGGGCGCUUUCUCACUGGUCACCCUCCCUUCCGCGGCCUGUUGGAUGUCUUGAGGGUCUCCAGACGAACCUCCUCGCGGCCUCGUUUGCCUCUUCGCUUCCUGCGCUUUCUCCUUCGCGCGCAGAGUCGGCAGAAGAGGGAGAGCCGCGGAUGGCGACCGCGGCGCGGCGGGUGCUCGCUCUGACGCGAGGUACGAUGGCUGGCGCCCGCGCCGCCCUCGCCGCGGGCGUCAUGCUGGAAGCAGAACCCAACAACGACGACGCCGAGCGCGAAGCGGAGGCGGAGGCGUAUCUGGUGUCUCUGCGGCGUCUCGUCCUCGUCUCCGAGGAUCGGAAGACGCAGACCCACCUCGCCAGGUGGCGGCGCGUGGUUUUCUUCAUGCGCUAUCUGCAGGCUCUGCAGAGCCGCGUGGCCUCUCCGGCGGUGCCUGUCUUGCAGCUGCUUUUCUCGCCGCUGAAGACGCUCAAAGGAGUCUUCUACGAGCUGGGAAACCGAGUCACGCGCGCACUCCGCAGCGAAGUCGCCUGCGGCCUCCUCGUCCGCGUCGCCUUCAUCGACGGAGACGGGCAGCUCAUGUCCAACAGCAUGCACAGCGUACGUCUGCACCACGUGGGCAGCAGCGCGCUCCGGACGAGGCGAUUCGAUGGCGCCCACCGCGUGGUGCAACUCAAGGAAGAUCGCCCGCUUCUCGGAACCUUCGGAGUGACGGAUGAUAGUGCGGCGGCGGAGCUUUUGGAUGGUUCUAAGGCCUUCGCAGCGACCCCAGCCAACGCGUCUACAAGCCUGAGCGUGGGCGUCUCAGCCGGACGCUGUCCAUCAAGCACGAGUUUCCCUGAUUGCCAAGAGAGCGACGUUGCUUACUCUGAAAUUCUGGAAGACGUCAGCGGCAGUUACUCCGGAACUGGAAGAGUCCGGGAGUCCGGGGGCUGCGCAGGGGACAGCUGGUACCGAUUGCAGGUGGAAGGUGAGCCAGGCGCAGCGAGCUGCGGGGUUCUCGAGCUGGACUCGAGCCAGACUCCCAUUUCUUUUGCGUGGGCUCUGUACUUGCAGGAGCUCAGCGACAUGAAAAUGGAGUGUCAGGUCGCGCGAGAGCGAGCCAAUGUGAUCGCAAAAAGACGUCGUCCUUAA